AUGAAAUAUGUGCAACUCGGAAACAGCGGUCUUCGCAUUGCCCCAAUUGGUGUCGGAUGCAUGAGUUUUGGGGAUCCCCAGGGCCGUCACAAAUGGUCUAUCCCGGAAGAGCGAGCAUUGCCAGUGCUCAAUCAUUGCUACGAAUCCGGUCUUAACUUCUUUGACACAGCAAACACCUAUUCCAACGGCAUGUCUGAGGAAAUUCUUGGCAAGGCGAUCAAGAAGUACGGAUGGCGCCGGGAAAGUAUUGUGAUCGCAACCAAGGUGUGGGCAGGCGUUGGCCGCGGUUCCGACCAGCCACUGGCUAUGACAGAGGAUGAAAAGGAUAAUGCCGGUUACCUGAAUCAAUAUGGAUUGAGUCGGAAGCAUAUAUUUGAGAGCAUCGAUGCCAGCCUGCAAAGACUCGACCUACCUUACGUCGAUCUGCUGCAGAUCCACCGCUUCGACCCCCGAACCCCCGCUAGGGAAACAAUGGAGGCAUUGCAUGAUAUUGUCAAGUCCGGCAAAGUACGGUAUAUCGGGGCUUCAUCAAUGUGGGCUCAUCAGCUCAUGGAGUACCAGUACACCGCUCGCGUGCAUGGCUGGACAGAGUUCAUUUCAAUGCAAAAUCUUUACAACGCUACAUACAGAGAGGAAGAGAGAGAGAUGUACCCAGCGUGUGCAAAAUUCGGAAUGGGUGGGAUUCCAUGGAGCCCAAUUGCAAUGGGCUUCUUGGCCAGACCCUGGAGUGACUUCUCGAAAACCACACGUGGAGAAACCCAGGGCGUUGGGUUUCUCGGCCAAGCUGCUACGGACGCAGACAAGAAAAUCAACGAGCAGAUUGAGAAGAUUGCCAAGCAACAUGGCAUGUCAAUGGCGACUGUGGCAAUUGCUUGGACCCUUUCUAAAACAUUUAUUUCGGCACCGAUUUUGGGGAUGAGCAAGGAGGAAAGAGUGGAUGAGGCAAUUCAGGCCAUUUUUUUGGAGCUCAGUCCUGCUGAGCUGCAGAGCAUUGAUGAUUUAUAUGAGCCCAAGAAGGUCAUCGGUCACACGUAA